AUGACCCCGCGAGUAUCUUCGUUAUCUCGGGGCUUGCUCCGUGUCACCCUUCCACACAUUUUCCCGGGCCAUGAACACGAUCGAAAAAUCGCGCCCCUCACGUCGAGCCCACGCCAAUGCCGGACUGCCAAGGUCCGCUGCUCGGGGGUGCGGCCCUGCGAACGAUGCACACGUCGCCGCGACACAUGCGCAUUUGCUGCUGACGAGGCUCACGUCUCAGUGCCAGAGCGGUAUCUGCAGGACUUGCAGCAGCAGAUCGCUCAGCUGAAAUCAUUGCCAUCCGAAACUACGGCCUCUACCACCUCCGGACGGCCAAGUUGGCGAGGCCCGGAGUCGGAGGCCGAGACCGGCCCGUCGGUGACAACGCCGACGUCUCUAGGCACAAUGCCAGGGACUGCGGGAGCGCCGAUAGAGACCGACAGAGACCCACCAACCCUGUUUACGCCAAAUUCACUUCUCCGCCGAACGAUUGAUGUGAGCAACUCUGCGACCCGUGGUUUCCCUAGCUCGUUAGACGAGCCGACGAUCAACCCAAGUUCCCGAGUUGAACAUGGGAGCUACAAUGUCCCCGAUGUUUACAACCCUCUUGUGGCAAGGGAUGUGGCAUAUGUAAGUGGUUCUGACGAUCGUCGUCUUUUAUUUCUUGGACAUACUUCCACUUGGUCCUUUUGUCGACGAGUUUUCAAACUCUUAGAAGAUGAUGCCUUAUGUCUGAACUCGCAUCGUGCACCACUAAACCUGGAUGGAACAGCCUUCCGUCUCCAUUGGCAGCCAAAGGCAGUGGUUGAUGCCAGCGACUUGGCCAAACUUCCACCCGUGGACCAUGCGUUAAUGCUAUACAACAUCGUUAAGUUCCGCCUCGGCGAGCUUUUUGGGAUUGUAGAUGAGAAGAGCUUUUUGAAAUUGUUUGAUGAAUUCCACAGAUGUCCAUUAAAGACAGCACAGAUGCAUCCCCUCUGGUUCAUCAAGUACCUGAUGAUCCUUGCAUUUGGCAAAGCUCUCACAUCUUAUCCGACUCCGACAGCCAUCGCGCCCUCUGGGUCUGAUCUUGCAGCACGUGCUCUAUCACUUCUUCCAGAUGUGGCGUUUCUACAAGACGAGCGCCCGGCCUUACUCGCGAUAGAAGUUUUGGCCCUGAUUGCACUUUAUUUUCAGUCGAUCGACAUGCGAUCCCCAGCGUACCAAUAUAUCGGUCAAGCACUCCGCCUCGCCUUCCAUGAUGGUCUCCACCGCAGAGUUUCCGAGGAUAUUAUGGAUCCAGAUGUCACUGAUCGCUGCAGCAACGUAUGGUGGACAAUAUAUGUUCUUGAUCAAGAACUAACAGCAGGUCUGGGAUGUCCGCCAACCAUACCGCUCAACAGUAUCACAAUCCCGUUGCCUGAUACACGAUCGCACCAACUCCCUACAAAAGCACUUGCCCUCCGGAGUCGUCUCUCAAAGAUCAAUUCGAUGAUUUAUAGCACUAUAUACAGCUUCGAUGAUAAGCUGGGCUCCGACUUUGUUUCGAGCAUCACAUCCGUUUUACACAAUCUAGCUGAAGUCUCACGCGAAAUCGACGAGGUCACAUUUGGUUUCAAAGCCAGUGGAGGGGAUCUUCCCCACAUGUUCUACAGCAUCACCCUAUCUCACCAUCAUUGUAUUGUCCUAGCGACACGGCCAUUGGUUCUUUGGCUUCUGAUUCGUAGUGUGACUCCCAGUACUUUCGAUUUACGACUACUCUCUCGUCCGAUCGCCAAGUUGCUUGAAAGGUCGGUCCAAUCUGCAGUAGCGACGCUACUAAUCUUAAGCAACAUGGUACAUCGUGACCUGCUCGAGACCUUUCUUCCGUUUCCAUUGGAGUACGCGUUCUCGUCGACGGUACUGCUUUCCAUCCUCAGUGCAAUCCUCCCGACCUAUGUCCCGGACUUAGAAUGGCACCAUGCAAUGCUGUCUGUGUUUGAAGAGAUGACGAGAAAAGGCAAUGCAGUGGCUAAAUUACGAGGAGAGGAAUUGAAACAUUUGGAAGCACUGUUGGAAGGUCAUCGGAGACGUAUCUCCUCGGUGCCACCUCAGUCGGUUUCUACUCCAAGACCCACAUCGGAGUCAACGAGAACACCUCAAUGCUUGCCCACUCCCGGGAGUGGACUCGGCAUGAAUGAAGAGCAUGGGCACAAUCCGUUUAGAACAUUGUGGAAUGAUUCGGAUGACAUUUUGGACCAUUUUGAAACCGGACCCGAUGACAUUGUUGCUCUCGCGGAACAACUUGAACAUGAUGAUUUCUCAUUUCCUUUUUGA